AUGGGUGAUGUUCUGAUGGCCGAGUUUGGGAAGGCUGCUCCUUACUUGAGGAAGUCGGAAAAGGAACGCUUGGAAGCCCAGACCAGAGCUUUUGACAUCAAAACAGAAUGUUUUGUUGUGGACGAAAAAGUGGAAUAUGUCAAGGGGCAGAUCCAAAGCAAGGAAGGAGGGAAGGUGACGGUGAAGAAGGAAGAUGGGACAACGGUGACGGUGAAGGAGUCUGAUGUUCACCCUCAGAAUCCUCCCAAAUUCGAUAAAAUUGAAGACAUGGCAAUGUUCACUUUCCUCCACGAGCCUGCCGUGCUGUUUAACCUCAAAGAGCGUUAUGCAGCAUGGAUGAUCUACACCUACUCCGGUCUCUUCUGUGUGACAGUGAACCCCUACAAGUUGCUCCCCGUCUAUGAUGCUGAGGUGGUGACUGCAUACAGGGGGAAGAAGAGAAGUGAAGCCCCCCCGCAUAUCUUCUCAAUCUCAGAUAACGCCUACCAAUACAUGCUGACAGACCGGGAGAAUCAGUCUGUUCUCAUCACAGGAGAAUCCGGUGCUGGGAAGACUGUCAAUACCAAGAGAGUCAUCCAGUACUUUGCCAGCAUUGCUGCAGUUGGUGGUGGAGGUAAGAAGGACACCAGCAAGGGGACCCUGGAGGAUCAAAUCAUCCAAGCCAACCCUGCACUGGAGGCCUUUGGUAAUGCCAAAACAGUGAGGAAUGAUAACUCCUCUCGUUUUGGGAAAUUCAUCCGAAUACAUUUUGGAACAAGUGGAAAACUUUCCUCUGCUGACAUCGAGACGUAUCUGCUGGAAAAGUCUCGUGUCACCUUUCAGCUCAAGUCUGAGAGAAACUACCACAUCUUCUUCCAGAUCUUGUCCAAUCAAAAGCCAGAGCUGCUGGACAUGCUACUGAUCACCAAUAACCCAUACGACUACUCCUUCAUUUCCCAGGGAGAGGUGACAGUAGCCUCCAUCAAUGACUCAGAGGAGCUGAUGGCCACUGACAAUGCCUUUGAUGUGCUUGGCUUCACUCAGGAAGAGAAGAUGGGUGUCUACAAGCUGAUCGGUGCCAUUAUGCACUACGGAAACCUGAAGUUCAAACAGAAGCAGCGUGAGGAGCAGGCGGAGCCUGACGGAACCGAGGCAGCUGAUAAGUCCGCCUACCUGAUGGGCUUGAACUCUGCUGACCUAAUCAAAGGACUUUGCCAUCCCAGGGUCAAGGUAGGAAAUGAAUAUGUCACCAAAGGCCAGGGUGUAGACCAGGUCUACUACUCCACUGGUGCACUAGCUAAAGCUGUGUAUGAGAAGAUGUUUAAUUGGAUGGUGGUGAGAAUCAACCAGUCCCUUGAUACCAAACAGCAUCGGCAGUAUUUCAUUGGCGUACUGGACAUUGCUGGAUUUGAAAUCUUUGAUUUCAACACCUUUGAGCAGCUGUGCAUCAACUUCACCAAUGAGAAACUGCAACAGUUUUUCAACCACCAUAUGUUUGUUCUGGAGCAAGAGGAAUACAAGAAAGAAGGAAUUGACUGGGAGUUCAUUGACUUUGGAAUGGACUUACAGGCUUGCAUUGACCUGAUUGAGAAGCCAUUGGGGAUCAUGUCUAUUCUGGAAGAAGAGUGCAUGUUUCCCAAGGCCAGUGACCAAACUUUCAAGUCCAAGCUGUAUGACAACCACCUGGGCAAGAACAAAAUGUUUGAGAAGCCAAGGGCAGUGAAGGGAAAAGCAGAGGCACACUUUGCCCUGGUCCACUACGCUGGCACAGUCGACUACAACAUCUCUGGCUGGCUGGUGAAAAACAAAGACCCCUUGAAUGAAACAGUGGUUGGUCUUUACCAGAAGUCUUCCCUAAAGCUCCUCAGUUUGCUCUUUUCAUCGUACGCAGGGGCUGAGAACAGUGACAAAGGAGGCGGCAAAGGAGCCAAAAAGAAAGGCUCCUCCUUCCAGACGGUAUCUGCACUUCACAGAGAAAACCUGAACAAGCUAAUGAACAACCUGAAGACCACUCAUCCUCACUUUGUCCGUUGUCUGAUUCCAAAUGAGAGCAAAACUCCAGGAAUCAUGGACAACUGUCUUGUGAUGCACCAGCUGCGCUGUAAUGGCGUUUUGGAGGGCAUCAGAAUAUGCAGAAAAGGUUUCCCCAACAGAGUGCUCUAUGGUGACUUUAAACAGCGCUACAGAAUCCUGAAUGCCUCUGCCAUUCCUGAAGGCCAAUUCAUUGACUGUAAGAAGAGCGCUGAAAAACUACUUGGAUCACUGGACAUCGACCACUCCCAGUACAAGUUUGGCCACACCAAGGUCUUCUUUAAAGCAGGCCUGCUGGGCACGUUGGAGGAGAUGAGAGAUGAGCAACUGUCUCGUAUCAUCACCAGAAUCCAAGCUAAUGCCAGAGCCCUCCUCAUGAGGGCAGAGUUUGCUAAACUUGUGGAGCGCAGAGAUGCCCUGAUGGUGAUCCAGUGGAACCUUCGUUCCUUCUUGGGGGUUAAAAACUGGCCCUGGAUGAAGCUGUUCUUCAAAAUCAAGCCCUUGCUGAAGAGCGCUGAGGCAGAGAAGGAGAUGGCUAACAUGAAGGAUGAGUUCAAUAAACUUAAGGAAGCCCUGGAGAAGUCUGAGGUGAGGAGAAAGGAACUAGAAGAGAAGAUGGUGACUCUUCUUCAAGAGAAGAAUGACCUGACUCUGCAAAUUCAGUCCGAGCAGGACACCCUAACAGAUGCUGAGGAACGCUGUGAGCAACUUAUAAAGAGUAAGAUCCAACUGGAAGCCAAGUUAAAAGAGAUGACAGAAAGAAUGGAGGAUGAAGAGGAGAUGAAUGCAGAUCUCACAGCUAAAAAACGAAAGCUAGAGGACGAGUGCUCUGAGCUGAAGAAAGACAUAGAUGACCUUGAGCUAACACUGGCCAAGGUGGAAAAGGAGAAACAUGCUACAGAGAACAAGGUGAAAAAUUUGACUGAGGAAAUGGCUGCUCAGGAUGAGACCAUAAUGAAGCUCACCAAAGAGAAGAGAGCCCUGCAGGAAGCACAUCAGCAGACAUUAGAUGACCUCCAAAGUGAAGAGGACAAGGUCAACACCUUAACCAAAGCUAAAAGUAAACUAGAACAACAGGUGGAUGACCUGGAGGGCUCCUUGGAACAAGAAAAGAAAGUCAGGAUGGACCUUGAGCGCUCAAAGAGGAAGUUGGAGGGCGACCUGAAACUGACACAGGAGAGCGUGAUGGACUUGGAAAAUGACAAGCAGCAGCUGGAGGAGAAACUCAAGAAGAAAGAUUUUGAGAUCAGCCAAAUGAAUGGAAGAAUAGAAGAUGAGCAGGUGUCUGGAAUUCAGCUCCAGAAGAAGCUGAAAGAAAACCAGGCAAGAAUUGAAGAGUUGGAGGAGGAGCUGGAUGCUGAGCGUGCUGCUCGUGCCAAAGUGGAGAAACAACGCUCUGAUCUUUCUCGUGAGCUGGAGGACAUUAGUGAGCGUCUGGAGGAGGCGGGUGGAGCCACAUCAGCCCAAGUUGAACUUAACAAGAAGAGAGAUGCAGAGUUCCAGAAGCUACGGAGGGAACUGGAGGAGUCGACCCUCCAACAUGAGUCCACAGCCGCCUCCCUUAGGAAGAAACAUGCUGACAGUGUGGCUGAACUGGGAGAACAGAUUGACAACCUCCAGCGUGUCAAACAGAAGCUGGAGAAGGAAAAGAGUGAGUUCAAAUUGGAGCUGGACGAUCUGUCAUCUAACAUGGAGAGCAUGGUGAAGGCAAAGUCAAACAUUGAGAAGAUCUGCCGCUCAAUGGAAGACAAUAUGAAUGAGUACAAGAGUAAAUAUGAGGAAGCGCAGCGAACCAUCAAUGACUUCACUACGCAGAGGGCCAAACUGCUGACUGAAAACGGAGAGCUUGGACGUCAGCUGGAGGAGAAGGAGUGUCUGGUUUCACAGCUCACCAGGGGAAAAACUUCCUACACUCAGCAGAUAGAAGACCUACGCAGGCAGCUGGAAGAGGAAGUGAAAGCAAAGAAUGCACUGGCCCAUGCAGUACAGUCUGCACGCCAUGACUGUGACCUCCUCCGAGAGCAAUUUGAAGAAGAGCAGGAGGCUAAGGCUGAGUUACAGAGGGUGCUGUCCAAAACUAACACAGAGGUCUCAAUGUGGAGGACCAAAUAUGAAACGGAUGGUAUCCAGAGAACCGAGGAGCUGGAGGAGGCAAAGAAGAAACUGGUCCAGAGACUGCAGGAAGCAGAGGAGGCCAUUGAGGCUGUGAACGCAAAAUGUUCCUCCCUGGAGAAGACCAAGCACCGCCUCCAAAACGAGAUUGAGGACCUGAUGUUGGACCUGGAAAGAGCCAAUGCAGCUUCUGCCACUCUGGACAAGAAGCAGAGAGCCUUCGACAAAGUCAUGGCAGAGUGGAAGCAGAAAUAUGAAGAAUCCCAGUGUGAGUUGGAAGCCUCUCAGAAGGAGGCUCGCUCCCUGAGCACUGAACUCUUCAAGCUGAAGAAUGCCUAUGAGGAGUGCCUGGAUCAACUGGAGACCAUGAGAAGAGAGAACAAGAACCUCCAGGAGGAGAUCUCUGACCUCACCGAUCAGCUCGGUGAGGGUGGAAAAAGCACUCAUGAGCUGGAGAAACUUCGAAAGCAGCUGGAGCAAGAGAGGGCAGAGCUCCAAUCGGCUCUGGAGGAGGCUGAAGGUUCCCUGGAGCAUGAAGAGAGCAAGAUUCUCCGAGCACAGCUGGAGUUCAACCAGGUAAAGGCCGACAUGGAGCGGAAACUAGCUGAGAAAGACGAGGAGAUGGAACAAGCCAAGAGGAACUACCAGCGAAUGGUCGAGUCUCUUCAGUCCUCUUUAGAAUCUGAGACCAGGAGCCGCAACGAGGCCCUAAGAGUCAAGAAGAAGAUGGAGGGAGACCUCAAUGAGAUGGAGAUCCAGCUCAGCCAAGCCAACAGGCAGGCAGCUGAUGCCCAGAAGCAGCUGAAGAGUAUUCAGGCAUUCCUGAAGGACAGUCAGUUACACCUGGAUGACAUGUCACACGGGAACGAGGAUCUUAAGGAGAACAUUGCUCUGCUGGAGCGCCGCAAUAACCUUAUCCAGGCGGAGUUGGAGGAAGUGAGGGCUGCUCUUGAACAGACAGAGCGCAGCCGAAAGUUAGCAGAACAGGAACUAUCUGAUGCCACAGAGCGUAUCCAACUCCUGCACUCGCAGAACACCAGCCUCAUCAACCAGAAGAAGAAGCAUGAGGCGGACCUCCUUCACCUGCAGACUGAGAUGGAAGAUGCAAUACAGGAGAACCGCAAUGCAGAGGAGAAGGCCAAGAAAGCCAUCACCGAUGCUGCCAUGAUGGCAGAGGAGCUGAAGAAAGAGCAGGAUACCAGCGCACACCUGGAGCGCAUGAAGAAGAACAUGGAGCAGACCAUCAAAGACCUGCAACACCGUCUGGACGAAGCAGAGCAGAUCGCCAUGAAGGGCGGCAAGAAGCAGCUUCAGAAACUGGAAGGACGCAUCAAGGAGCUGGAGAACGAACUGGAGGUGGAGCAGAAGAGGGGAACCGAGUCAAUCAAAGGAGUGCGCAAAUAUGAGCGCCGCAUCAAGGAGCUGACCUACCAGACGGAGGAGGACAGGAAGAACAUGGCCCGCCUGCAAGACCUGGUCGACAAGCUGCAGCUGAAGGUGAAGUCCUAUAAGCGCUCAGCCGAGGAGGCAGAGGAGGCGGCCAAUGCCAACAUGGCAAAGUUAAGAAAGCUUCAGCAUGAGCUGGAAGAGGCAGAGGAGAGAGCUGACAUUGCCGAGUCGCAGGUCAACAAGCUUCGGGCCAAAACCAGAGAUGGCCCCACAAAGAAAGGCCUGGACGAGUAA